GGCGAGGCCACCCAGAGGCGCCUGCCACAGCCGGCGGGGAGAUCUCCUGCCCACGGUAUUGCUGGCAAGGGCCUCGGACUCCGCUAGCAGAUACUGAAGGGCGUCAGCGGAUCCGCAGGAGCCCGGGCCUGAGAUGAGUUUAGAGUCCUUGUUUCAGCACAUCAUCUUCUCGGAGCAUCAGGCCGAGGAGAGUCGCCGCGUGAUCCGAGGAGUAAGGUCGGAGAUAAACAGAUGUCGUGAAGAUAUGAAGAAAGCAACCGAGGAGCUGAAUGAAGAGAAAACCAAGUUGGAAUCUAAGGUUCAGCAGUUUUCUGAAAAAGCCUUCCUCUUACAGCUUUGGAAAAUUCAUGAAAAUGCCUUAGAAAGACAGUGUAGUGAAAUUACAAACCAGAGGAAUAUGCUUCUCCAAACCUUUGGGGCUACAAAGAAAAGAAUGACAGAGGAGGAAGAAAAAUUUAUUAAGGAAAUUACAGACUUCAAUAAUGAGUAUGAAGUAACAAAGAAAAGAAAGCUUUUGAUAAAAGAAAAUGUCAAGAUUGAAAUAUCUGACUUAGAAAACCAGGCGAACAUUUUGAAGAGGGAAAUGAAGUCAAUGGAACAUGAUAGUGGCCAGUUAAGUGAACUUCAAAAACAAAAGAGUGAAUUAGUACAAGAAUUACUUACUGUGCAGAGAAAACUUAAAGUUUUUGAAGAUAAAAAGAAUGAAGCCAUUUGUACUACCAAAUACCUAGAGGCAGAAAAAGUAAAAAUCAGUGAAAAGCCUCAAAAUGAUGCUGAAUGCUUAAGACAUUGGCACAGAAAGAUCUUCAGGAAAACAAAUAACUUGUGGAGAGUUGACCAAAGCUAUCCAAGGUUUGAUGAAAGUAUCUUAGAAUCAAAUCUUUGUGAUAGAUACACGAACGAUACCCAUUACAACAGAUUUUUGUGGAAAAUGUGAAGUCCAGAAUGUUCAAAGUUGUUAUCUAGAAUUGGUAUAUUAGCACUUUAAAAAUGUCAUUUUUUUCUCUUGUUACUUGCUGGAACUUUAAAGCUCCUUAUGGUGUUUGAUUUUGUUUCUAAAGGAAGAAGAAAGGACAGGUAGAUACUGUGUUUUCCGGCUUCUUAUCUCCCCUGACCCUUAAGCUGAUCUGUACUUUCUGAUGUUCAUUUUUUGUUGCAGUUUACCUUGGGUCCAAUCAAACCCUGGGAGAGAGAAAUGAUCAGAUUAUUGACCCAGUUUUGUCCCUGCCAUUUUCACCAACAAAGAUGUUCACUUCAUUUUAAUCCUUCUCUCAUCAGUAAGAUGUCUGUUGACAGAGGUCCUAGGAGGCCUUUCAUCUGCAAAAGCCAGUUUUCUCUUCUUUUCUCUAGAUGUGUCUGUGGAGUUAAGUCUGGGGCACCUGAGGUCUUCACCAGUCUUUGUGCCUGGCCGUUUUCUUCCUGAUGCCAAUGUUGGUAGAAUGAAAUGAGUCAUCCACUUGGGGACGUACAUAAUCCCCUGA